AUGGACCUCCCAGAACGCCGAAAACAACACCUUACAACCUCUCGUCGCGCUCGCUUCCACCCGUACCGUCGUCCAGCCUCUCCCCACGAAGAUCAGAGUGUGCCCUACAAACCGCGUGUUGAAGACGACACUUUGCUUUACCUCGCGUUUGAUGUACCAAAUCUUUCACCACAAGCCCCGAAUGACGUCCCUCUGGAAGUUGAAGACCGUUUCAAUGAUCGCAAUGAAGAUGAACUCGGACUUUGGGACCUCGGCCUCACUGUAUUUAUUCUACUCGUCUUGCGGCAUCUCUUGAUGCUUGUUCUACUCCAACACAAUGAUGGGCCUUGA